AUGGCCAGUACACCUCAAGAACCGUCCAAUUUGAAGAGAGAGUUAGAUAAUGGUGAGGAUUCCAACUCACCGAACAAAAAAUCCAAAACAGAGGCCAGACCGGAAAACCAGAACUCAUUGGAGUCUGAUUUCAAUGGCUUACCAGAGGCUUUACUACAAACUGAAACAAAUGGAGCAUCACCAGCAGCAACACCAAUUGAUACCUCUAAUGUAUCGAAUACAAAGGAUCGUGAUCAUGAUACGUCCAAAUUGAAUGAUGCGAUUGCGGCUGCAGGAGUUGAUAUUCAACAAGAAGAAGAGAUAUUAUUACAACAACAAUUGAAUAGAAAAUCAGCAGAAGGUAUUGCCAGUAAUUUAAAAAGUGUGAUCAGGUCUAGUAAAUCACCUCCAUUUUUGAAUAAUUAUCAUUUAGCAGCUUUUAUAGAUAAAGUAGCUAAACAAAACGGAAUUCAACAAAAUUUCUUAAUGGAUGGCGAGAUGUUGGAGUUGAUUUCGGCUGCCUGUGAGACUUGGCUAAGUAAUCUAGCAACAAAAACAAUAAUUUUGUCACGUCAUAGGAGAAGGGGAAUACCUGUUAUUAAUAAGAAAUCAGGAAGUAGCUCUGUUCCAAGAUCAGAAAUUUCCAAAGAAUUGAGAAGUUUGGCUUUAAAACAAAAAGAAAUGGAAGAGAAACGAGUGAAUAAAAGAGUGAUGUUGGGGUUAGAGAAAAGUACUAAAGAUGCAUCUAAAAAUGACGAAAACGGUGAAUCAAAGGCUGGUGCUGAAGAAACGUUACAUCGCGCAGCAAACGCUACGGCUGCAAUGAUGACCAUGAAUCCGGGGAGAAAGAAAUAUAGUUGGAUGACCUCAAGUACUACAGUAGGAGGCGGGUCAGACUUUGGGAAAUCCAGUAGUGGCACAUCUAAGGACUCGGGAAAACUUCAGAGCCCUAUUAUUUCCGUGCGUGGUGAUAAUGGUCUUAGAUUUCGAGAAAUAAGGUCUGGUAAUUCCAUAAUUAUGAAGGAUUUGCUAGGAGCAAUUGAAGAUGAAAAAAUGGGUACUAGAAAUGCUGUAAUAAAAGGUUAUGCCAAAUUGAAAGAUUGA